UAAUUGGGAAGGGUUUCCAGAAGGUGGGAAAUGUCACCUGAUUCACACUGAACUUUUAAAAGCUCCCCACCCCCAAGAAGCCGCGCACACCCUCGCUCGCGGCCGCCCUCCCACAGCCCCACACACUGGGAGACCGCCCACCGCAAACCGCGGAGACCCCCGUCUAGAUUUAAAGCGCGGCUGCGCCCGGCUUCUGACGUCCAUUGAAUCGCGCGGGCGGCCGGCGGCGAGCGCGGGGCUGCGCCAGGAUCGCUGCGCCCUCCGCCGCUGGCCUCUGCGACGCGCGCCGCUCUUCCGAGCCACCCGCCACCGCGCCGGCUCCCCAGCGCCGCAGCGCUCCUCGCCCCGCGCCUGCCCCCAGGAUGGUCCGCGCAAGGCACCAGCCGGGUGGGCUUUGCCUCCUGCUGCUACUGCUCUGCCAGUUCAUGGAGGACCGCAGUGCCCAGGCUGGGAAUUGCUGGCUCCGUCAAGCGAAGAACGGCCGCUGCCAGGUCCUGUACAAGACCGAACUGAGCAAGGAGGAGUGCUGCAGCACCGGCCGUCUGAGCACCUCAUGGACCGAGGAGGACGUGAAUGACAACACACUCUUCAAGUGGAUGAUUUUCAACGGGGGAGCCCCCAACUGCAUCCCCUGUAAAGAAACGUGUGAGAACGUGGACUGUGGACCUGGGAAAAAAUGCCGAAUGAACAAGAAGAACAAACCCCGCUGCGUCUGCGCCCCGGAUUGUUCCAACAUCACCUGGAAGGGUCCAGUCUGCGGGCUGGACGGGAAAACCUACCGCAAUGAAUGUGCACUCCUAAAGGCAAGAUGUAAAGAGCAGCCAGAACUGGAAGUCCAGUACCAAGGCAGAUGUAAAAAGACUUGUCGGGAUGUUUUCUGUCCAGGCAGCUCCACAUGUGUGGUGGACCAGACUAAUAAUGCCUACUGUGUGACCUGUAAUCGGAUUUGCCCAGAGCCCACUUCCUCUGAGCAAUAUCUCUGUGGGAAUGAUGGAGUCACCUAUUCCAGUGCCUGCCACCUGAGAAAGGCUACCUGCCUGCUGGGCAGGUCUAUUGGAUUAGCCUAUGAGGGAAAGUGUAUCAAAGCAAAGUCCUGUGAAGAUAUCCAGUGCACUGGUGGGAAAAAAUGUUUAUGGGAUUUCAAAGUUGGGAGAGGCCGGUGUUCCCUCUGUGAUGAGCUGUGCCCUGACAGUAAGUCGGAUGAGCCUGUCUGUGCCAGUGACAAUGCCACUUAUGCCAGCGAGUGUGCCAUGAAGGAAGCUGCCUGCUCCUCAGGUGUGCUGCUGGAAGUAAAGCACUCCGGAUCUUGCAACUCCAUUUCGGAAGACACUGAGGAAGAGGAGGAAGAUGAAGACCAGGACUACAGCUUUCCUAUAUCUUCUAUUCUAGAGUGGUAAACUCUCUACAAGUGUUCAGUGUUGACAUAGCCUUUGGGCAAAAAAAAAAGAAAAAAGAAAAAAAGAAAAAUAUAUUGUCCAUACUGUAAAUAAGUGUAUGCUUAUUUAUUUGGGGGGGAAACUAUACAUUAAAGGACCUUUGUCCUAAAGCUCUCUCCCAGGCCACCUUGUUACUCAUUGGACACGGAGAGGCAUUCAUUGUGAGGUCUACUGGAUGAGGCCCAUAGUUGAGACUUGUAGACAUUUAUUUAUACUGUGUCAUGUUUUAUAAUUUAUACAUAAAAUGUCUGGUUGACUGUAUACCUUGUUUUUGAAGAAAUUUAUUCGUGAAAGGAAGAGCAGUUGUUAUUUAUUGUGAGGUCUCUUGCUUGUAAAGUAAAAGCUUUUUUUCCUUGUAAACCAUUUAAGUCCAUUCCUUACUAUUCACUCACUCAUCUGUCUCCCUUCAUUUCACCGUUAGACUCUUUUCCACUUUCAACAAACUUGCAUGUCAGUUUCUGUCAUGUUUAUUUAUUGGAUUCUCUGCUGCCUGAUCUGUACAUACAUGAUCCCUCGGGUUUUGUUUACAAGGAACCUUGACUGACCAAAAGGCAUUAUCACUCUUACUCAAAUACAAGGUACAGAGGAUAAGCAUCUUUGAGGAAACUCCUACUUCAGUUCUUUUGUUAUGACGAAGACAUUUGUGAGAGAGGAGAUGAUUAGAAUUCUAGUAAUGUACUUUUAAGAUGUUACAGAUACAAAGAAAUGAUGUGGGUGUCAGGAGACUAAAGGAUGGUGAAGGCUACACAUUCAACCUUUUGUUAGGUGUUUCCUUUAAGCUAGUCAGCUGUACCUUUUACAUUAGUUCUUUUUCAACCAAUGUGUCACUAAAAGUUUUAUCAAAGCUUUAUCAGUUCAAGUUUCUUGCUUUUCAUAAUACUUUUUUCGAUGCAAUUUUAUAUUUUCAAACAUGGCAAGUUAAAAUAUAAAUUCAUUUAAAUAUAUAGUUUUGUACUUUUCUACCAUGUAAAUGUGCAAUGUAUAUAAAAGUUAUAAUGUGUAUUUGUAAAUAAAUGAUGAGUGAAAAAAUAAAAAAUUUUAAAAAGCCAA